AUGGCGACAGGCAACGAUGUCCGCGAGAUCUUUCAACUAAAGGCAUCAGACCAGGUCAGGAGGGUCCAAAAAACCGAGCGCAAGCCCGACGGCAUCAGUCGUGAACUCUAUGGCCUCAUCGGAAACAAUGUCUCCACUGUCGCUUUCAACAACCCUACAUACAAGCCAAAACUCAACGUCAGCAAAAAAGCCGUUAACUGGACGUGGCGCCCAUUUGUGAACCCCUCAAGAGACGACGACCUGGUCCUGCAACAUUGGGAAAAAACCAGGACCGACCCCAACGAAGAGUACCGCUUCUACAAAUUCAACAAAUCUAUCAACCUCAUCAGUUUCUCUCCCGAGGAAUACACAUCUCAUCUCAAGGACCCGGACUGGACAAUGGAGGAGACUAGCUAUCUGUGGGACCUUUGCAGGAGGUUUGAUCUGAGAUGGGUCGUCAUUCAGGAUCGGUACGAGUGGCCACCCCAGGAAGCUGAUCGGUUGGCGCUGCAGUAUUACAACGGGAAUAACCUGGUCAUCUCCGAGAACGCUCCUAAUGCUACCAAGAAGGAAGAAGAGGACACACCCAUGAAGGACGCGAGCGCAGCAGCUUCGGGAUCGGGAGAGAGCUUUGUCCAGGCCACACUUGGGGGCGACACGUCUACUAGUACUGGAGCAACAAACGCAGCUACGGCCACAGCAUCGGGCUCUAAACCACCAACUGCAGCUGCAUCGACUUCUAAGGCCGUCGUGAGCAUCACGCCUGCCAAGACGCGAUCAAUGGAGGACCUCAAGCACCGAUACUACACCAUCAGCAGGAUCCUGACUAAGAUUCGUAUGGGUGACGCCUCGCAGGCUGUAGAGAAGGCUCAGCUUUUGUCUUCGAUGGCCUAUGAUAAGAACCGAGAGAUUGAGCGCAAAAAGAAUCUCGAGAUCCUCAACACCCGCACCCCCGAGCAGAUCGAGGAAGAAGAGGCGUUGUAUUUGGAGGCGAGGAGGAUCGACCAGAACGAGAAAAAGAUUACGAGGGAACGCGAGAACUUGCUGCGGUUACUCAACACCCGCGACAUCUAUGGACCAGGCGGACCGACAUCGGCAGGACUCGCAGGACAGGUGGGCGUCGCAGGAGGAGGCGGGCCUGGGACCGGAAUCAUUAUACCCAGUAACUCGAUCACCAUCCCUUCUUCCUCCAGCCCCUCGGCUUCAGGUGCUGCAGGUGGCGCAGGUGGAAGUGGUCACUCGAGUGCAAAUGGACCCUUGUCUCCAUCGGUUGGGAAGGGCGGUGCCGGUGCCGCUACCCCAGGAGGAGCAGCAGGAGCAAGCGGAACGACACCCAAGAAGAGGAAGAAGGCGCCCAAGGGGUCUGUCCAGGCAGACGACUCUGCACCUCCAACACCCACUACCGCGACAUCUGGUGCCAAUGCUCUCAAAGGCUCUUCAUCGUCAAAUCAUCGUCGUCCUUCGAACGCGUCGGAUGGCCCUGGUGGACCAUCUUCAGCCUCGGCCACCUUGCCACCGCCUGCUGUCAAGAAGGAAAAGCUUACUCCUGGCGCAUACCUCCGAUCACAGAAGAUGACCCCGAUUGUCUCAACCAAGCAGCAACGUGUCCAAUCUGCGCUGGUUACUUUGGGAUUGCCAUUCAAGCCCGCGAUGCCGACCGCAACUGUGAUGGCGAAAUGGGACCAGGUCCAGAGCAACAUUGUAACGCUGUUGGAUAUCAAGAAGCAGGCCGACAAGCUCGAGUCGGAUUUGAAGGUUGUCAAGAUGCGUCGUGGCAGUUUGGGUUCAGGUUCCUCUGGAUCCUCAUCUGCUGUGACUGGUUCGGCUGCUAGCGGUGCUGGAGGAGCAACCGGUGGUGUGUCGUUGGGAUCGAAUGUUGAUGGCAAUUUUGGUGUCAAGCGGGAGGGCACUGGCGACGAGUCGGGAACUCCUGGUCCUGUCAAAAAGAAAAAGAGAAAGGAUUAG